AUUAAGUGAAUGACAACUAGAAAAAGGGAAUCUGCUUACGUAUGACCAGGAUCAGUUUGCAAGUUAGCUGCUCUCACACCUGGGAGUCUCAUAAGUUAGAGGUGCCUUAGCAAGUAAUCACUGGAGAACAGAGAAAGAAAGAAUCUCUGGAUUUGAAUUGUCAGCCCUGUUCUCUUGUUUUCCGACGUGAGAAAUGUCUUCUGAUGAUCGCUGGUCUGCAGAGGAAGAUGACAGUCAAGUCUCUAAACUGACACGGAAAGCUAGAGACUCUCCAUUUGUUCCUGUAGGGAUGGCAGGCUUUGUUGCUGUCGUGGGCUAUGGUCUCUACAAGCUAAAACACAGAGGAGAUCAGAAAAUGUCAGUCCAUCUCAUUCACAUGAGAGUUGCAGCACAAGGCUUUGUCGUAGGAGCAAUAACAAUAGGUGUUCUCUUCUCUAUGUAUAAGGAUUACGUUAAACCUCAGUUCAAGAAUGGGGCCAAAAAGUGAACCAACUCCAUAGCAGCAAG